AUGUCUUCCACCGAGGGAGAUGAUAGCUCUCGGAGCGCGGCUUACCCAUGGGUUCUGGAGCACUUGUUAACCUAUCCUGGUACUUACGAGAUCCCCCUACGAACAAUGUACACUCUCAAUGCUACCACUCAACAUCAACAACAGUGUCCACCAACGCCGUCGCCCAACACGGUUCUUGGCAAUGCUUUCCCUAGGAAGUCUUCUAUCACCGCCGACGAGCAACAAAACAUGACCACCAUGACGGCUGCUGCUCAGUUGCGUGCCAAUCUCAUGCAACACAUCUCGCAGCUACCCUCUCAGCCAACAUCCUUGCCCCCAAGCUUCAUCACAAACUUUGUUCGGAGAUGUUUUCCCCGCGAGCUUGAUCAGGUCGACUUUCCCCAAGCUUUGACUGCCAUGGAUUAUCUAAAGGAUCUUGAAGUUAGACGUCGGCGUGAGGUGGUGGCCGCUUUGGAUAAGCUAGGCAUUGACCAAGAUGACCUCAGUCACCGAGAUAAACUGGCGCGGAAGUACCCCGGCGUGCUGCGCUGGGUCUCCGAAAUCGAAGAGAGGGAGCGCAAAGUGGAAGCCCUCUACACUCAGGUCUAUGUUGGGCUGAGAAGGUGGACCUUGAUCAACGAGCUUACCUUGACGCCUUUCGACAAGGGCAACUGCCUAGCUAUGCUUAAUACCCUUUAUCCACCCAUCAACAUGAAUGCUGGGCAUUUUGUGCAACCAACUGCCCAACUCACGCCUCAAAUUCUGACCCAACAACGCAAUGGGUUCUUCAAGUAUAUCUCUGCGGUAGAGAAGAGCGGGCCAUCGGUCUUGACCAACUUGAUGAAUCAGGCUAAGAAAGCCGAAGACCCAAAUGGCUGGGUCAGUCUGCGUGAUACCCUCGACAAAUAUGUUCGCAUGGCAAACAGCGUCAUCGAGGAAUGCUACGAUAUCACCGGUCACACCCCGUCACCGACCACUUCCUCUUUCAAGUCCUUUGAACACGAGGAGGAAGGCCGCCGAAAGGUUGACUCGGCUAUCUCUUUUGGCUCCGAAAACUCAUCAAAUCGCAACUCUGCCCAAAGCAAUAAGUCGGCACAAAGCCAAAAGAGUCACACGACCAGACCUAGUACAAGCAGCAGUUUCAGCAAUGCUAGUCGUAGUCCCAGCCGUCACGCCUCUCAAGACAAACAACUUCCCGAAAAGCCACUUCCGCCUCCUAAAGAUGACGAAAUCACAGUGACGCAGAAGUCGUCAGGGUCAACACUGGAACGGAUAGCUCGUGAACUCCGGAAAAUGAAGAGUCGGAGUAAUGUCAAAGACGACUUACGUCCACGUACCCCGUCUAUUUCGACAGACAUGGUGGCGCCCGAUAACCACGAUCGACCACCAACGACACCGGGAAAAGAUCGCAGCCUCAAGAACAAACUUAGCAUCCGGAGAAUGCGAUCGAAUGCCACUAUCUCGGAAAUCACUGGUCUGCGGUCUCCUAGUCGCCACGGAGAACCUGCUAUCCAGGAAGUGCCAGCGUUUGAUGCAGACGAAAUGAGCAAGAGCCGGCAAAGAUGGGAAACUCAGCAGAAGUUGAAAGAGAAGGGCACUGAUGAUGGGGUGAAGGCAUAA